AUGUCUUCGUCUGCUCGCAUUCCCCAAGGGCUCCCCAGCAAUCCUCGAUCUAGAGUGGCGAGCCGUCCUACUCCUCCCACUCGUCAAGCGGAAAGUCCACGUACAUCUCGUACCCAUUUGCCAAUUCCUUCAAAUCCCCGACCUCGCAAUCCAUCUGCCCAACGUGCUACAGUGCAGGACACUACUCAGAGAAAUGUUAGACCCCAGCAACGAUACGAUAAUGACGGAAUGGUUAAUAGGCGUGGCCGUUGGUCUGAGGACACUACAUCCACGUCCUCUUCAUCCAGCGCUCCAACUUGGCCGAGAGUGAGACAUAGUCCAAGUUCUUCAAGAACUACUUUGCAAAGUGAUGAUGGGAUAGGAAGUACCGGUCAGCAGCAAUCUAAUCGUGAAGAUGACUCCCGUCACAACAACUCGUACUACGAUGCUACUUUUACAUGGAGACGAGUGACUGAAGCUGCGACCAUGAUCACUCAAGAAGUCAGCAAGGUAUGGGCAUCCGGUUUGACCUCUCAAGGAAAUGGAGACGAGGAUGAAGAGGGAGAAACUCAACUCACUCGUGUUAUGAGGGCUUAUCACCUAGCGAAGGCACGCACACCUUCCGAGCUGCCUGCUUGGCUGUUCAGCGAGAAAGAGAGAGGACAAGGAGGCUUGCUGCGCUCCGAUAGGACAGCUCUACCUGACGACAGCCAAGUGCGAGAGCAAACUCAGCGCCGAAACCGACCCGCCUAUGGAGACAAUACCACAAUCCCGGGUGCGCACGCGCAAAAGAACAAAGACAUUCAAAACACCAAGCCAAUAUCUUCAAAUGGGCCAACAAAGAUAUCUGGUGCAGACCGUCUGAAGCAGAUGAGAGAACUCCGGCGUAAUGCUAGCAGAGUCUAA